AGAAAUUUAGAAUAGAGAAUCUUACGAAUACGGAAAAUCAUCCAUCAUGCAACAACGUGCUUGCGGCCUCGUCAUUUUUCGGCGAUUUCAAGACACCAUCCAGUUUCUCUUGAUGCAGACAUCAUAUGGACAACAUCAUUGGACACCUCCGAAAGGUCACGUCGAUCCAGGUGAAUCCGACAUGGAGACGGCGUUGCGCGAAACCCAGGAGGAGGCUGGCUUCGUGUCCAGCGAUCUCAGGAUCUUCGAGGACGCGAAACACGAGAUGACAUAUCAAGUAAACGGGAUGCCGAAGAUUGUCAUUUAUUGGUUAGCGGAGCUCAUCAAUCCGGACAAGUCUGUCAGGCUGUCGAAUGAACACCAGGCAUUCGAGUGGCUUUCGUUGAGCGAGGCUUGCGAUCUCGCGAAAUAUCAAGAGAUGCAGAGAGCACUGAAAGAAUUUGACAAGUAUAUUUCUCAGAAUCUUGCGUAGAUUUCAUUUACAUAUUUUGAUAAUAUAUAUCCUGAUUUAUAUACA